AUGCCGAUCAAUAGCACUGCCCGGACCAUCCCCCGGGCCAUCCCCCGGGCCAUCCCCCAGCCCAUAUCCCCCCCGGGCCCCUUCUCCGCUGUCCACCUCCGCCGCCAGUCCACCAGCAGCCAGGGACAACCUCCUCUGGCAGUCCUGCCCACGGGCGCCCUGCUACGCUCUCUGCUCACCAACUGCGUCGCCUCCAAGCCGUGGCUGCAGCGACCUGUCCUGGCGGUCCUCGCCCGCCUGGCCGCCAUCGACAGCGGCAACUGGUUCAGCGUGGACCGCAACCCGCUCCUGCACGCCGUGCUCAAGACCACCUUCUACCGCCAGUUCUGCGCCGGCGAGACUCCCAGCGAGACCCGUGAAACACUGCGCGCCCUGAAGGCAAUGGGCUUUGGGGGCAGCAUCCUCACCUACGCGCGGGAGACCGUCUUUGACCACCGCACGGGGGCGCAGCGGGCCUUUACGGAUGGGAAUAGGGUCGAUGAUGAUGAACAUAUUGCCGUCUGGCGCCGGGGCACCCUCGACACGGUCGAUUUGCUGGGGCCUAAUGAUCUGCUCGCACUCAAGCUCACGGGGGCUGGCCCCGGCGUGACAGGGGCGUUUGCCGCCGGGGAGAACCCCCCUGCGGCAAUGUGGGCAGCCGUGGAGGCGAUCUGCGACCGCUGCGAGGAGCGUAACGUGCGGAUCCUGGUCGACGCCGAGUCGCAGCACUACCAGGCGGGCAUCCAGAAGAUGACCCUGGAACUGAUGCGCAAGUAUAACCGGAACCGCCCCGCGCUCGUCUACAACACCUACCAGGCAUACCUGAAGGCUACACCCGCCACGCUGGCCACCCAUCUGGUCGCCGCCGCCCAAGAUGGCUUCACCCUCGGGCUUAAGCUUGUGCGCGGUGCCUACCUAGCCACCGACCCGCGCGCCCUGAUCCACGACACCAAGGCUGACACUGAUGCCGCCUACAACGCCAUUGCCCAGGGGGCCCUGCGCCGGCAUCUUGGCGACUUUGGGGGAGACAACGCGCUGAAGCCCUUCCCUGCCGUCGACCUCUUUCUUGCCGGCCAUAACCGAGUCAGUGUCAUGACAGCGUACGAGCUGCACCGGAGCCGCCGCCUGGCUGGCCUACCGACAGUCAGACUGGGGUUCGCCCAGCUACACGGCAUGUCGGACGAGCUCAGCUUUGAUCUUCUGCAGCGGACAAGAGGGAAUUUCAAUGAGAAGCCUGGUCUUGACUUCCAAGAACCAGAUGUCUACAAGUGCUCCAACUGGGGCACGGUGGGCGAAUGUCUGGCGUAUCUCACGCGGAGAGCCAUUGAGAACCGAGACGCCAUUACUCGCACUCACGACGAAUAUAGCGCCCUGAAGGCUGAGGCUCGGCGACGGAUUCUGGCGGGUUGGCAGCCUAGUCCGCGCCGAGGGAAGGUGUGGGACAUUUAG